AUGGCUCUCGUAUUGCAUGCCGGUAAGACGAACAAGAAUGCCUACAAGGCACUUAUUGCUGCAGAAUACUCUGGUGUGGAUGUCAAACUUGUUGAGAAUUUUGAGAUGGGUGUCACCAACAAGACUCCUGAGUUUCUCAAAAUGAACCCACUUGGGAAGGUUCCUGUCUUGGAGACACCCGAUGGUCCUCUCUUUGAGAGCAAUGCAAUUGCUCGCUAUGUUACUCGCUUGAAGGCUGACAAUCCUCUAUAUUGUUCAUCAUUGAUUGAUUAUGCUCGUGUCGAGCAGUGGAUAGAUUUCGCAACAACGGAAAUUGAUGCCGGUGUUUCAAGAUGGCUUUAUCCUAGACUGGGAUUUCAACCAUAUCUUCCUCCAGCUGAGGAGGCUGCGAUUUCUGUGUUGAAGAGAGCACUGGGUGCCCUGAACCUUCAUCUUGCCUCAAACACCUACUUGGUUGGGCAUUCUGUGACUCUUGCUGACAUCAUCAUGACAUGCAAUCUUUAUGUAGGAUUUGUUUUUGUCAUGACCAAGAGCUUUACCUCAGAGUUCCCUCAUGUUGAGAGGUACUUGUGGACCAUGGUUAAUCAACCAAAUGUCAAAAAGGAGAAAGAGCCAGCAAAGCCCAAAGCUGUACCUGCUGCAGAAGAGGAAGAGGCACCAAAGCCAAAACCCAAAAAUCCUCUCGAUUUACUCCCUCCAAGCAAGAUGAUAUUGGAUGACUGGAAGAGGCUAUACUCCAACACCAAGAGCAACUUUCGCGAGGUUGCUAUCAAAGGAUUCUGGGAAAUGUAUGAUCCCGAGGGAUACUCUCUGUGGUUCUGUGACUAUAAGUACAACGAGGAGAAUACUGUGUCAUUUGUCACUCUGAACAAAGUUGGUGGAUUCCUUCAAAGGAUGGAUCUGGCUCGCAAGUAUGCGUUUGGGAAGAUGCUAGUGAUCGGCUCAGAGCCUCCAUACAAGGUCAAGGGACUGUGGCUUUUCCGUGGGCAAGAAAUCCCUCAAUUUGUCAUGGAUGAGUGCUAUGACAUGGAGCUGUUCGAAUGGACUAAGGUUGACAUCUCAGAUGAAGCUCAAAAGGAGCGUGUCAGUCAGAUGAUCGAAGAUUGCGAGCCUUUCGAGGGGAGGCCCUUUUGGAUGCCAAGUGCUUCAAGUGAAGCAACUCUAUAUAUUAAUGUCAUGUUUUUGGCCGCAACCUCUUUUUAG